UUACAUUUUCUGCCCCACGGAAACCCGCCUCUCCGUCAACCUCUCCCACGUCUCACUUCCGUCUCUCCGAUUACAUUCCAAGGUUCUGUGUCCCCCUCGCAAUGCCUCCCCGACGAGCCUGCGACACAUGCUAUAAGCGAAAGAUUCAAUGCCUGAUCAAAACUCAAGGUGAUCCAUGUGACUGGUGCGACAGCCAGGGGCUCACAUGCACCUUUGAUAGAGUAAUCCAGAAGGACCCAAACAAAAGAACUACUUCCGAUGUCGUCCAGGAACUGUCACGCCGCGUGGAAACACUCGAGGAGGCGCUUCAAACAGCGUUGACGAAUAGCACAAACAUGUCCGUUGGAGGCCCCUCACCAUGGUCUGAACCAACAAGUCUUCGCUUCGCUUCUUCUCCAAUCACUCGUCAGCCGGUGAUAAGUCCGAUUGGAGUAUCGCCUACAACACGCUCCAAACCAGUUUACAAAUUAUGUCGCUGCCACAUCGGCACAAAUUGGUAUUUCAAGGGAAUUGGCAUUCUCUCAAAUCGCGGCUGGCAGUGGAUUUCAGACGGUGCAGGGGAGCGUGUAUUUCUCGAAAACUUUGACAUUUUCGGUAAUCCUGCGCCGCCACUUGGCUCUGUUUCAUUUUCUGAAACACCGAGGGUUCUGCCGCCGAGGGCCAUCUGCGCGCAUGUCGUUGAGUUAUUUUUCAAGUCCAAAACAGCUGUUAUCUUUCCGUUUUUGGAGAGAGGCCUCUUUGAGGGGACGCUGGGUAGGGCGUUUGAUGAGGGUGUUGUUGAUUUGGGGAGGAGGGCGCCUGCUGAGGCUUGUCUUUGGGCUAUGAUUGCUCUUAUUGUUAGGAAUAUUGAUGCUCAACAGUUGGGGUUUUCUUUUGAGCCGAGGGAUUGUGUUAAUGAGGCUUCACGGCUGUUGGGUGUUGGAACUCUGCUUCUGUGGGCAAGUCAAAAGACCAGAGGACAAUGUCGCGAAGCAGCUGUUAGCUUCGCAAGCGCAUGUCGCAUGGUAUGCGAUCUCGGCGGCCAUUUCCCCCUAUCACGACCAGCAAUCUUUCCUCAGCACAUUCCAACAUUCGACGACCAAACAAGACUUCACCUCCGGAGAUUAUUCUGGAUCUGCUAUUGUUAUGACAAGGAUAUGUCUCUACGAACAGACAAGCCGCCACUACUCACUUCGGAUCACUGUGAUAUAAGUGAUGCUGAAGAUCAGACGCUAUGGUACAGUCAUCCACGAGAUACAAACCUUGCGAGAAUCAAGGAAAACGCAAGCAACAUUCUAUGUUCUCCACGGGCGUUCAAGUACACGGAAGGCGAACUUCUUGCGCACGUUCGGCAGCUUGAUGAUGAGCUUGAGGAAUGGCGCUUAUCAGUUGAUCCGCGAUAUCGACCACGUUUAUCGAUCUUAUCAGACCUAUCGUUCUCACUACCUGCUGCUAUGAAUCUGCAAGAUCGGACAUAUCUCAUAAACCUGCAGCUAGAUUACCUGUUUACCAUUAUCAACAUCCAUACACUGGUCCGAAAAUGCGGCGACUUGGAGGAGAAUCUCCCAGAUGAUCUCCACAGCGUAGUCCACUCCAGCGCUGAUCUCUCCAUCGAAGCAAGCCGUUCCAUUUUUCGAAUAUUGGACACGAUAGUGGACCUCUGGAAAGAAGAUUCAUUGUGGAUAGUCUCCCACUAUGCACCUAUGGCUGCGAUGCCACUCUUCAUGAACAUUCUCAUCCACCCGCUUGGUUCUUCGGCAGAUAAUGAUUUGCAUAUCUUAUCGUCGAUAAGCAAAAUCACGCGCAAGGUCCCGUCUGACAGACUUCCGAUGGAAGAGAUUGAGCAUAUUCAGGAAAUCAGUGAAUUUGUCAUGGAGCUUGUGCGAUUAAGUCAUAGUGCGGCUUGGAAGGUCAAACGAGGCGAGAGAGAGCAUGAUCUCGAUAUCAUUCAUACAUAG